AUGAAAGUCUCCAGUAAUUCAGAAAUUGUCUUUCCUCAUAGAAAAGCACAAGAAGAUGUACUAGAAUAUAAUACUGAUGAAACUUCUUUUCUUUUUUUAGGAUCCACAAAGGAUAUUGGACUUAAUGAGAACGAAAUUAAACCAAAACAAAGACUGUUUGAACGAUCCGUUGUCCAGAACCCGCAAAGGCAAAACGCUGUUCUCGUAUUAAAGCAUUCCACUGCAUUCCCAUUUAAGACACGUUUUAAUAGAAUCGUAUGCUCUUAUUGUCAUGACGAGUUUGAAACGAUGAAUAUUUUAAGGGAACAUAUGAAAUCCGACCAUUCAAAUGCAGAUUUCAACAGUGCUUUCUAUAAAGUCACGGACGCGCUAAAAGUUGACAUUUCUGAUCUUAAAUGUAACAUGUGUUCUCAGGAGUUUCAAACCGUAGACAGUUUUAUGACUCACAUAUCACGCGAGCACUCUAUACAUGUUAAUUUUGAAGUACCAUUUGGCGUGUUUCCAUACAGGCAAGGUGCCUCAGGAAGAUGGAUGUGCCUAGAGUGUGAUAAAACAUUCCCAAAGUUCUCGCAAAUUAACGGCCAUUUGCGAACUCAUAUGAAGAUUUUUACAUGUGAAAAAUGUGGUGCUACGUUUUUAUCUGAUCAUGGUUUGAGACAACACGAAAGAAAUUUCCGGUGCUACAAGUCUUCUUAUAACCCACGUUUUGGAAAAGCUAUGAAAUAUAAAAGCAAUACAGAGAUUAUUCUGGAAUGUUCGACAGCAUGUCCUUUUCGGACAUGGGGACAAAAUUUCAACUGUGUCUUUUGUAGAGUUCAAUCUAAUGAUCCUGUAGGUCUGCGAGCCCAUAUGGCGUCCAGACACGCGAAUUUCGAUAUUCAAUUAGUGUUUAGUAGAAAGAUUCGAAAAGAGUUCUUAAAGGUUGAUAUAACAGAUCUCCAAUGUAAACUCUGUUUUAUGCACAUUGAUACUCUAGACGAUCUUAUUAUACAUCUAAAGAACGAUCAUAAGCAGCCUAUCAACGCUGACGUACAACCUGGCGUGUUACCCUUCAAGCUAAAUGACGGUACUAGUUGGAAAUGUGCAAUCUGCAAGAUACAAUUUUCGGACUUUAUAUCUCUAAAGAAGCAUACUUCAGAACAUUAUCAAAAUUACGUUUGUGACACUUGUGGUGAAGGUUUUAUCACGGAGUCAGCACUUAAGGCCCACACAAAGAUACCACAUGACAAUAAAUAUAACUGUAGCCGAUGUAUUGCUACUUUUACCACUUUAGAAGAGCGCAACAUUCAUAUCAAAACUCAGCAUACAACUUUGCCGUAUAUGUGUAUGUAUUGUAAAGAAAAACCCCGCUUCGCUACUUGGGAACUUCGUAAAAGACACUUGAUGGAAUUUCAUAAUUAUAAACCAGGUGCCGAAAUGUAUGAAUGUACGACUUGCCAUAUGACGUUCAAGACUCGAUCUCAGAAAUAUCAUCAUAAUGUAAAAGCUCAUCGAACAAAGAAAGAGACAGAGUACAGUUACCCAUGUGGCAGUUGUUCCCGAGCUUUCGCUUCGAAAUUGUCUUUGGAUAAACAUAUCGCGAAAAAACACUUCCAUGUAUGA